GCGGUGCUCGUAGUGACGUCAGUAGACUAUAAAACCUUCCCUCCUCCGGGCUGGUCCACUUCGGAUCCAAGAGUCCGCUUCCACGCCAGCGAGCCAGCAAGUUGUCCUCCUCGUCACCAUGGCGACCUUGUAGCUUCUCACUUUCACUUUUAGGUCUUUUUCAAGUCGCGUUUCGACGUCCCGCCUUCCCCGGCCCCGAGCGCGAUGCCCGCCGGGAUGUUCAGCAUCGACAGAAUCCUGUCCGGCCGGCCCAGCAGCUGCAAGGAGCCGCUGCUGGUGCACCGGAGCGGCCCGGUGCUUCUGCCGGGCCACGACUCGCUUUACGCCGACUACAACGGACUGUACGCGGCCCCGUGCGGCGGGCCCUCCGUGGCCGGAGUCCCGUCCGUGAACGGGAGCAGGGUCGGCUAUAACGGCUUUUACUACGCCGGACAGAUGCACGUCCAGGGCGCCGCCGGACUGCCGUGCUGCGGGGCCGUGCACGGCCUCGGCCCGCGGCAGUGCCCCUGCAUGCCGCCAGGCUACGAGAGUCCGGUGCUGGUGUCCCCGGUGCCCCGGCAGCUGAUGUCGUACGUCAACAUGGGCGGCUUGUCGCGGAGCGAACUGCAGCUUCUCAACCAGCUCCACUGCCGCAGGAAGCGGCGGCACCGGACCAUCUUCACGGACGAGCAGCUGGAGGCCCUGGAAGGCCUCUUCCAGGAGACCAAGUACCCGGAUGUCGGCACACGGGAGCAGCUAGCUCGCAAGGUCCACCUCCGGGAGGAGAAGGUCGAGGUUUGGUUUAAAAACAGACGCGCCAAAUGGAGGCGGCAGAAACGCUCGUCGUCCGAGGAGCCUUCGGACACCACGUGGGACAAAAGCGGCAAAACCUCGGCGGGAAAAAACCAACACACCAAAAGCCAAGAGGAGUCGGACAGCUGAUCACAAACACACCCCGCCCCCAACCGUCCCCACUUCCUGUCUUGUCUCCCACCGUGUACUGUAUACAGUAUACUUCAUGUACACUAGUAUCCCUAAGGUAACUGUAGGUUUCAUGUACACUAGUAUCUGGGGUGGGGGGGGGUUAAAAAAUCUAUAAAAUAAGUGAGAUUUUUGUAAAAUAUGUAUUUCCUGUAAAAUAAGGAAGUGUAAUAAAAAUAAGGGAAAAAAAUGUGCAAUGUUGAUAAUAUGGUAAAAUGUACGGGAAACUAUUUCAAUAUUGACCAUCAAUGGCUUAUGGGAUAAAUAUACUGCAUACUGUAUAUGUACUCUAUGUACUGUGUAUGUACUCUAUGUAUGUGUGUACAGUAUAUAUAUAUGUGUGUGUGGCAGUGUUGCACAUGAUUAUUUAUAUUAAUUUAAGUUGUUGAUGUAGACGCCAUCCAUGUGACAGCUUUAUUAUUCAUGUUUGUGUUCAACUAUUCUCUCGUCAAGAAUGUAAAAAAAAAAAUUUUUGUAAAAAAAAAAAAACUAAAAUGAAAAAAAUGAAAUAUCAGUGAAAUAUUUGUUGGAUUUACUUUGUUGUCCGUCUCAUCUGAUUUCUGUUUGCAUGUUGGAGUCAAU